CUGUUGUUGUUCCACUAGUUGCCACCAUUAUUGUUAAUCGUGUGAAAUUUAUAAUGUUUAUUAAAAUUUUAUCAUUGGAAAAAUGGUUGUUGAUCUUAAUUUAUAGAAAUUGAAUUCGACUCCUUGGAAUUUCUUAGGACGCCGGCGUUUCGUCCUAAGGCAUUGAAGGUGUUGUAUUUGGUGUCUGCAAUUGUUUCAAUGCAAGAGAAUCGUUAGAAGAUAGUUAAUGUUUGAUGUUAUUGCAAAGUUUAAGUUGCUUGUUUGUUCAAGUGGUUGAGAAGUUCCAAGUCUGUAGCUAACAUGAACGUGGAUGAUAUUUUCGACGACAUUGUACCCACAAUGGAAACUGAUACUCCAGCACUCAAUUCCACCUCUGAAAACGUUGACUCAAUCAUCGAUGUACCCAUCACUGCUGUAACAUCUGACCCCGCUAUCGAGACUUGUCUUGGAGAAGAUUCAAACCCCACUAUAAACACGUCCAACGACUUAAAUCUAUUUGAAAAUAUCAUGGACACAACGGAACCGCUUCCAAGCAACGAUGUUUCCAUUGACAAAGAAAUUAUUAUACCAGAAACAGAAGAAAGCACUGCUACGGAUGACACUCCCGCCGCUGGUUUGGAAACACCUUCCACUAGUUUCGAAGCGAGUGUGAGCGAGAUACCUGCAGUGGAAAAAGAACCAAAUAAACCUGAGGAAGGUGAGAAAAGUGGCGAAAUUGUGGCCCAAGAAAUUGAGAACAUUGACAAAACUGCAGAGGUUUCUUCAGAAAAACCCCCAGAAACAGGCGAAACUGUGAAAAAUGUAGAAGAACAAGGAAAGGAGAAGAAGGAGGACGUGGUUGAAGAUGUACCUGAAGAGAAUGUUGAAAUGAUAGAGGCGGAGCCGGCGGUAGAGGCGGAGCCAGUGGUAGAGACGGAGUCAAUGGUAGAAGCGGAGCCAGAACCUCAGACGGAGCUAGAAACACAAGCGGAACCAGAAGCAGACGCGAAACCAGUUGCUGAGCCACCAGUUGUUGAAAAUGAAAGCGCACAAGUAGAGAAAAAAGACAUAGAGGAGAAAGAUAAGGAGACGUCUCCUACUAACAAUAUUGAAUAUGUGGAAUUGGGUGGGGUGAAUGAAGAAACUCAGAAAGAUACUGCUGUGAACGCCGAUAAGGAUGAUAAUGAGGAUAAAGAUAAUGAAGCACAGAACAUUUCCGUAGAGCCUAUAGAAACCAAUAACGAAAACGAUGACGACGAGAGUCAACGAGAAAAUCCUCUCUUUGUUAGGGUGAACUUGGAUAAAGAAGACAAUGACAAGGAGGGUACAAAUAAGGAGGAUUUGCUUGAAGAAGAUCCCAUAGCGUCUGAUACAUUCAUCACUGAGAAUACAGAGGGCGCUGAUGAAGAAUUGUGUAUAAUUCCAGACACAGAAAGAGUAAUUUCACAGGCUGAGAAAGAAGCUGCAUUUUCCAUUCCACCACUUCGAGACAUAUCAGAAGCAAGCUCUUCGACAGACCCUAUAGAAGAUGCAGCUAAUGCUAUUCAACCCCCCUCAGAUGACACACCUUCUUCCAGUAACAAAUUUGUUAUAUCAAAAUGCAACAUUGAAGACUUCCAGACCUGUUUGCAGUGUGUUUUGAAACGCAAAGUCAAAUACACAGUUACCAAAGAUGAAACCAUUAAAUAUAUAUGCCACGAUAAUUGUUUAGACAAUUUCAAGCAAGAAAAUGCUGAUAACUAUUUCCUAAAUUGGGAAGGCGAGAUCAGAGUGAAAGACUUAACCAGCAACAAAGAAACGACGCCUAAACCGGCCUACGAACGAAAAUGCGUAGUCUGUAAGAAGAAAACCGACGACGAGGAAAAUAAUCUCACUUGGGAGAUCAUGGAUUUCUGCAACGAGUUUUGUUUAUCUAAAUAUCAAAAGGAGAUAGGAUCCAUUUGUGCAAGUUGUUCGGCGGAAGUACGUCCUAAUUCCCUUGGAAAGUAUUGCGUUCGUUUUGGCAACGAUAUUCGUCAGUUUUGCUCGAGUCAUUGCCUCGAGGAAUAUAAAAAAGGGCUCAAAGUAUGCUCCUACUGCCAACAAGACAUGUCUUCGGAAUCUGACGGUUUCCUAGCACCAGUAGGAGACAAAGGACAAUUUAAAGAUUUUUGCUCUCAGAGUUGCAUGGAGAAAUACGAUAUAAUGACAAACAACAAACCACCCAAAGUUCCAGAAGGAAGCAAAUGCUCAGUUUGCAAAACUGAUAAUCCAAUCACGAUCGACUAUGAAUGUGACGGAACCACAAACUACUUUUGUAGUGAUCGAUGUUUCGUCGCUUUUAGUUUCGUCAAUAAUAUCACUCCAGGGAAAUGUUCAAUGUGCAGACGAAAUUUUCCGACGGAAGUGCUCGAGAAAAAUACAAUGUUUUAUGACAACGUACAAUUCAGUUUUUGUUCAAACAGCUGCCAAAAUAUUUACAUAAUAGCACAUCGAAAAAUCGUACCAUGCGUGUGGUGCAAAGUCAAGAAAUAUAACUUCGAUAUGAUCAGAAGGUACUUCAAAACUGGUCCCGUACUGAAUAUGUGCAGUAUAAACUGCUUGAGUUUGUUCCAAGUGUCAGUUAACGCUGUGCAUUCCAAAAAGACAUUGUGUAACUUCUGCAAUAAACGUCAUCAACCCAUGUAUCACCUAACGAUGUCUGAUGCCACAAUCCGUAAUUUUUGCUCCUAUUCCUGUGUAAUGUCCUUCCAGAAUAAAUUUAAAAAAUCACCAAUCACUCUAAAUAAUGCAGAUGACGCCUCCUACCCUGUGCCAGCCGGUGAGCCUAAAAAAAAUCGAAAAUUUGCCCUUACAGAAUCACAAUGCCCUAAACCAGUUUCUCCGCCCCUUCCUGUGAUAAGCAACGUACAAAGUUUGGCAUCAAGUAAGAACGGCAAUUUUGCAAAUCCUCAACAGAAUUCCAAUAAGAGGGUCAAAAACAACGCCCCACCACAACACAUUCUUAAUUCAAACGUCGAAGUUCCCGUAAAAGUCAAACAUCAUAUCAUCAUCAAGUCCACACCGGCGCCAGACCAGAGAAACGUCGCCACCAUGUGCAAACUGCGCCAGCACCACAAGAGCACCACCAUGAAACCCAUCAUGACCGACAAAAACAUACAAACAGAGCAACGAGAAGCUGAGCGGAUCUUGAUUCCCGUUCCGAUCCCCGUAUAUAUUCCUUCGCCCCUCCCCAUGUACUCAGUCCCCGCGCCCUACCCCGUCCCAUUCCCCCUCCCCAUCCCCGUGCCCAUCUUCAUCCCCACCACUCGCAACUCCGCUAAAGGCAUAAUGAAGGAAAUCAAGAAAAUCCAAGUGAAAAUUCCCACGGAUCCAUACGAGGCUGAGCUUUUGAUGAUGGCCGAAAUGGUAGCCGGUGACAAAAAGGAAGAAAAUACUGAUUCUGAGAGCGACGUCGACGACGCCGGACCCGGAGACGAAGGAACGUUCAGUCCCGAACCCGUCGACGCUAGCAAUACUUUUGGUGAAGACAUGCUGCAAAUGGCGCUCAAAAUGGCCACCGAGUUGGAAGAACCGGCUGUAGAUCUUGAGGGGGCUUUGACUGCGAAUACUAUAACGGCGCCCCAAGGCAGCGAAAACCCUAGCGAAGAGGCGGUUGAUGACCCUCAGCCCAUGAUGCAUAUGGCCGAGAGGCAGUCAUACAGAGGUAGAAAGCGGGGGAGAGGAGGCGGGAAGCAAGGGGGUACGAAGCGUAGAAGGAUGUCACAGCCGGUAGAUAUGCCCGUAAUGCCAGCACAACCAGUGCCGCCCCCGGAACCCGCCGAGAAGCCCGACGCCCACCUCUGUCUUAAAUAUACGUUCGGCGUUAACGCCUGGAAACAAUGGGUAACCACGAAAAAUACCGAGUUGGAGAAGUCUUCCAAAUUCGCAAAACCGUUUAAAACGGAAAUAUUGCAACUAACUGCAGACGAAUUAAAUUAUUCUCUUUGUCUUUUUGUUAAAGAAGUUAGAAAACCGAACGGCGCUGAGUACGCACCAGAUACUAUAUAUUAUUUAUGUUUAGGAAUUCAACAGUACUUGUUUGAAAAUGGCCGCAUAGACAACAUUUUCUGUGAUCCUUAUUAUGAACAGUUUACUGAUAGUUUAGACGAAGUGGCUCGCAAAUUCUCAGUCCUAUAUAACGAUUCUCACUAUAUUGUAACCAGAGUUGAGGAGGAGCAUUUAUGGGAAAGUAAACAACUGGGUGCUCAUUCCCCACAUGUUCUGUUAAGUACUCUCAUGUUUUUCAAUACUAAACACUUCAAUCUGACUACCGUACAAGAACAUAUGCAGUUGUCAUUUUCGCAUAUCAUGAAACACUGGAAACGUAAUCCGAACCAAGCAGGAGUUGCUCGUGUUCCGGGUUCCAGAAAUGUUCUAUUACGGUUUUAUCCACCUCAGUCAGCCAUGCAAAAUAACACGCGCAAGAAGAAAGUAUAUGAACAGCAAGAAAAUGACGAAAAUCCCUUGCGCUGUCCAGUCAAGUUAUAUGAAUUCUAUUUGUCUAAAUGUCCGGAAAGUGUGAAGACUAGAAACGAUGUUUUUUAUCUACAACCUGAAAGAUCUUGUGUACCUGAUAGUCCCGUUUGGUAUUCGACAACCGCUCUGCCACAGGAAGCUUUAGAGAAAAUGCUUCACAGGGUAAAAAUGGUCAAAGAGAUAAAUGUUGCACUUUUAACUAGUUAAGUAGAUUUCAAUCAUAUAACAUUGUGUAAUGUGUAUUUAAUUCAUUAAUAUCGAAAAAUUAAAUCUUCUGGAUUCUACUAGCAGUUGUCACAAAAUAAACAUAGCUGUAUUUGUAUAAAUAAUUCUUUUAUUAGAUUUAUUCCAUUCAUAAGUCGUACAGAAAUAACUUAGUUGUUUUUAAACUACGUCGUAAUAAAAAACUAAACUGGA